UGGAAGGUUUGGGAUUUGCCACAACGAGCUUUGGCAUAAUUAUUCGAAUCAACUGGAAAGGUACAGCGAAUUGUUUGGGUUGUAGUGUCAAAAUAGUUUCUUUUCCCAAAAAAGUAUACUCAAUACCAAUGGAUAAUUCAACGACGAAACCAAGGUGCUUGAAUGGUGAAAGUGCGUGUCGGCAAAAGAGCAAAGACAAAGAAAAUGAUCGAGGGCAGUGGAAAUCAAAGACGGAAUUUUUACUCUCCUGCUUAGGUUACGCCAUAGGCACGGGUAACGUUUGGCGGUUUCCAUACUUGUGCUACCGCAACGGUGGAGGAGCAUUCUUAUUGCCAUACCUUUUGAUGCUAUUUCUAUGCGGAAUCCCCCUAUUCUUCAUGGAAAUGUGCUUGGGACAAUUCUCGAAUACCGGAUGCUUGACUAUUUUUCGUAUAGCGCCACUAUUUAAGGGAGCCGGCUAUGCAAUUAUUCUUGUGAAUCUUAUAUGUACGAUGUAUUAUAAUGUGAUCAUCGCAUACCCGAUUCUAUUUAUUCUCAAGUCUUUUGCAAAGACAUUGCCAUGGAUGCACUGCAACAAUCCAUGGAAUACGCCACACUGUCUAGAGGUAGCACACACUGAGAAUCCCACCCACAUUGGUAAUAUAACAGCUUUCGAUCGAAGACUUUACAAAACACCAGCCGAUGAGUUCUUCCAUCGUGAGAUUCUACAAAUAAGUGAGAACAUUGGUGAUAUCGGGGGUAUUGUGUGGCCAUUGUUUGCAGCGAAUGUAUUCGUUUGGGCUGUGACAUACUUGUGCAUUAUGAAAGGCGUAAGAUCGGUUGGAAAAGUGGUGUAUUUCAGUGCCACUUUCCCGUUUGUCGUUCUAACCAUCUUGUUUUUCCGUGGCAUUACACUACCGGGUGCAUUGGAGGGAAUUAAAUUCUAUAUCAUGCCAAAAUGGCAUGAACUGACUAAUUUGAAAGUUUGGGCUGAUGCGGCAGUGCAAAUCUUUUUCUCACUUGGACCUGGUUGGGGUGGCAUUAUAAAUAUGGCCAGCUACAAUGAUUUUCGAAAUAACAGCAAACGGGAUGCGAUUCUCGUUCCAAUCGUGAAUUGUUCUACAAGCAUUUUUGCGGGAUUUGUCGUCUUUUCAGUUCUUGGUUUCAUGUCUCAUGUGACUGGACUACCCAUUUCAUCAGUUGCGACCGGUGGGCCCGCAUUGGCGUUUAUAACAUACCCCGAAGCGAUUGGAAUGCUUCCGUUUCCACAGUUUUGGGCAAUCCUCUUCUUUAUGAUGCUAUUUUUCCUUGGAUUGGACAGUGUCUUUGUGCAAAUUGAGGCCAUUAUUUCUUCACUGCUCGACGAAUAUACACGCUUCAGGCCCUAUAAAUCACUUGUAGCUUUUGUGUCAUGUUUCGUGAUGUUUGCUGUCUCGAUCCUGUUUGUGACCAGAGGAGGCAUGUAUAUUUUACAACUCUUCGAUUGGUAUGCGGCAUCAAUUUCUGUCAUUCUGAUUUGCUUGUGUGAAUGCAUAAUCGUUGGAUGGAUAUAUGGAAUCGAAAAUUUUAAGCGAGACAUAGAGUUUAUGAUUGGAAGCCCGAUAGGUGGUUGGUGGCUGAUCUGCUGGAAAUACAUUACACCGACCAUUUUAAGCUUUAUUUUCGUAACCACUGUUUUGUUCAACACGGAAAUCACAUACAACUCAAUAGAAUACCCAAGAUGGCUCAUUGCUGUAGGGUGGAGUAGCUGCCUUAUAUCAAUUGUUUGUAUUCCAAUUUACUUUGUGUACAAAUUGUUCAAGAUGAAUGGCUCAUUCAAGAAGCGCAUACGAAUAGCACUUACACCCAACAAUUGGGGACCGGCCGAUGAAAGAAACCGCAAAGCGUGGGAGGAAAUGAUAAGGAAUUUUGGGAAACACUACGAUCCAUAGAAUAGAAACACUUUGUUUUUAACUUUGUUUUUUUUUAUUACGUUGUGUACUUUUUUCCAUUACUGAGUUUUCAAUUUACAAUUUGUUUUUUGGGCAGAUAUAACAAGAACAGAAUUGUUUUUUAAAAUUUGCACUUUUUCAUAGGUCGCGUGUGUUGAAGUAAUAAACAAGAUUUAAUACUUCAAACUGCUGUUUACUUCUUGUUGAUUGUUUGUUGUGAACAAGCUGUGACGAUGGGUGGGGAAAAAGUGAAAUUUCG